GGCGCGCGCGCGCGAGCGCGAGCGCGCGAGGGGCGGAGGGAGGGUAUAGUCGUCGUGAGCUCCUUACAGUGCAUUGCCUUUACGAUCCCUCGAGUCCCCGUCACACCCCGUGCCCCGACAAAUCGCGUACGACGUGCCUCUCAUGAAGAGAUCCACGAAACCAGCUUCGCCGUCGAGCGAUUCGGGUCGUCGAGAUUCAUCGAGAGGAAGAGUUUCUGUAUGCGUGACAAUGAACACGAAAGUAUCGACGAGGUGUGUGUCUCCUCUGGCCACACAUAGGGUAUACCGCACCCCAUGGGCUACAGUUCUGAUCUUUGCUUCCAAGCAAAAGAGCCGAUCUCCUGCGCGGCGACGUUCUCCUUUCGUUCCCCUCGAGAACACUGAACUCGCGUCUACUGUCUACAGUGGAGACUUUCACCGGAGUACGUUGUACGCGUUUCGAGGGUAACAAGAUUAUCAUGUCGGUCUUACUUGAUUCUCAAUUUACGUUUCUCAUUCUGUAUCGUUAUGAAUUUCUUUUUAAACUUGUUCUAUGAUUAUCGAACGAUACGCCGUAUUUUCAAAGCGGAGUCUAUAUACAUUUAUCAUGAAUUUUUUAUCGUCAAUUUGUGAAACGCCUAAAUAUUCAUUGGAAAAUAAAAAAAUCGUUUGUCAAAAACGGAAAUAUUUCGAGAUAUGUCCCCCUAUUCUUUUGUUCAGGUACCGAGAGGCUCGUACACCUCCGAAAACGAUUUACAAGUCGAAAUGGUUUAUAGCAUCUAAAAUAGGUUCUUCGAGUAGGAACUUUCGAAACAGCCACGUUUCACGGCGCACGAGCGCCUUCGCAAGAGGGGAGCACAAAGAUGUGUUCGUCCCCAUCCCCACCACCCCCAUUCACUCCAUCUUACUCGGCACGUUUCUCAUCUCGAUGUCACGACAAAUACGUCGCUUCCUUGUCGUUUGCAUCUGAUAUAUUACAUAGAUCGACACGUAUUGCGUAUGUAUACAUGUACAUGCAUUUAUCUUUACAAUUUUUAUUUACAUCUCGUACCAUGGAGAUUGUGAUAAAGAAAGUCGGCAAAGUAGGAGAAGAAUAGCUUACGGAGAAGUUAACGCUAGUUUGAUAAAAAAAGAUGUAUCGUCCAGUGUUAGUCAAGUAGCACUGGUAGUACCGUAACUCGUGGAUUUGUCGGUUGUCCUGUUUCACCUGUACUUGCAGUUCACGCUGGUUCACGCCCUUCUUCUUUUACAUCGCUCUCACUAACGGUUAAUCGACGUCGACCACUUCUUGCGUUCGAAACAAAAUUGAAUGUACAUGCAGCGCCAUCGAGUAGCGAAAUCGAGUAACGAAUUUUGCCGCUGCAUCGCUUCUUCGUUUCACGAAGUUUAGCUGAAUUAUUGUGUUUGAAAAACGCAAAUGAGACGAAUUAUGAGAAUUCGAAUCAAUUAUAUGCAUGUUUGAAGAAAAUGGCAUUGUUGCUCGAUAAAUUAAGAUUAAAAAAAAUUGUAAAAUUAUCUGUUCGAUAUGCUGCUGGUAGUACACAUGGAAAAGAUCACUGGUCUGUUGUAAAGAAAAAGAAAACGACAAAGGAUAAAGCGUUAGAAUACUUUGAUGAUUUUUAUGCAAAUGUUUAUAAAAACAAUUGGAAGGAUAUACGAACUGCGUUAUUAAAAAAAGAAUCCAAGUAUAUGGCUGUGGUUAAUAAUUUCAGUGAUACGGAAAAAAUUCGAUCUAAUUUAGAGCUACUAGGUGCAUUAAAUUUAAGAAGUUUAUAUAAUGUACAGAAAGAAAAUGUAGAAUUUUUUAAUAGGAAAAGAGAGGCUAAGUAUGGUAAAUCUGAUGAUGAUCAAAAUUUGAUAGAAGCUGAAACUUCUAUAGAUCAGUCGGAACUUCGAGCAGCUCAUCCUGCUAAUUAUCCAAAUUUAUUAGAAGAUUUAAAAACUGAAACUACGGAAUUUGAUAAAAAAAAUAAAAAUAUACCUAUAAAAUUACAAUCUAUAGAUACAAGUUUAAAUGAUAUUAAUAUAGACAAUACUCGUAUUGUUGAUUCAUCUGUAAAUUUAUCUGUGCUUCAAGAAUAUGUGCCUGCUAGCAAAAUAAAGGGAUUAGAUGAUUGGGUUUUGGAAUCUGAUCAUUAUAAAUUUUAUACUAAGGCUGAUGAUUUUAAAGUAAAUGUUGAGAACGAGCAUGUUUUGCCAUUUCCAGAACAUUUACACGUAUAUGCUUUUGAAAGAGAUAAUUAUACUAGAUUUCCAAGUCCUAGAAAAGGAUCUACCGGUGUAUUAGAUUAUUAUUUAUUUGAUGGAGGAUCUAUACUUCCUGUAUUAGCUUUAGAUAUACAAUUAGGUGAUAUUGUACUUGAUAUGUGCGCUGCACCUGGAGGAAAAGCUUUAACUAUUCUUCAAACUCUCAUGCCACGUUUAGUGAUCGCUAAUGAUGUUAUCGAAUCUAGAAUAAAAAGAAUUAAAAAUGUCAUGAAUCAAUUUGUUUCAAAUAUUUGUGAGAAAGAAAAUAUGUUUCUUAUAACGCGACAAGAUGCUAGAAUGAUCAAUGAAAAUGGUAGAUAUAAUAAGAUUUUAGUUGAUGUCCCAUGUACAACGGAUAGACAUAAUUUACAUUCUGAUGAAAACAAUAUUUUUAAACCAAGCAGGGUUAAGGAAAGAUUAAAAUUGCCAGAAAUUCAGUCUGAAAUUUUAACGAAUGCAUUGAAAUUAGUAUCGGUAGGAGGUACAGUAGUUUAUUCAACAUGUUCUCUUAGUCCAAUACAAAAUGAUGGUGUUGUACAAGUAGCAUUAAAGAGAGCAUGGCAAGAAAAUAAGUGUGUCAUGGUUGUAAAAGAUAUGACUGAAGCGUUGUUACCCUUACGAUGCAUAUAUGACUUUGGCAGAAUUGGUUUAAAAUAUGGUCAUAUCGUUAUACCCACUUGUCAUAAUAAUUGGGGUCCAAUGUAUUUUUGUAAAAUAGUAAAAGUACAGUAAAGAUAAAUAAGUAUUUUUUUUCUAUAUUAAAUAAAUAAAUAUUUAAAUUUGUACUUUUAAUGUAAAUAUUAUUAUUAUUAAAGAUGUUUAAAUAUGUAAAAUAUUAUCUUUAAUAAAUAAUAUUUAAUAUUGUA